AUGGAGGAAAUUCUGCCUCAGCACGCAGCAGUUGAGAUGAUGCCGCACGUCUUAGGAGAAGUCAAAUUCACGUCCGGGAAACAACUUCGUGGCGGCCGAGUCCUAUACUGGGCUUUUAUUGAACUUUCCAAACAUGCCGAAAACCAAUUUUUCAGACCAAACCGCAUGUUCAAAAUCGCUCCCUUCCUUCUUCCAGGUCAAUUGUUACCAGCUCACCCUCCUAUGAUGAUCCAAGAACACAGAGUUCUCAAUGAAUUCGGCUCACUCCAGGCAGGGGAUUAUUGUGUGAAAAACGGCCGUACUACUCGUGUUACUGCAGGUAUCUGCAACGGAUCAAAAGCGUACUGCAACUGGAAAUUUGACGAGAGAUACAACCCUAGUGGGGACCUAGUGGUCAUGGCUACCGAGGCAACUGAGGAGUUUAUCAUUGUGACUGAGGAAUCUCAGCUGGACGCCAGGUGGCGGUGGACAUUUGGACUCUGA